AACUUUAUAAUCAAGGUUUUGAUUCGGACACGGUGGCAAAAUUUGUCCAGGAAAAGUUUCAUCCUCAACUACAACAAGGCCAACAUGUACAACUAGUCGAAAAACAUGACUCAAAAAAUCAACAAAUAACAUCACCAACAAAUAUUAGUCAUGAUCCAGCAGCAAUGGGAACAGGAACGAAACGAAAAAGAAUUUUGUUAACACCAACACCAACAACCGAAAUACUAUCAAUACUUGAUAAACCUAUAAAUCAAUCGUCAAUAUCACAAGCAGGUCCUAAGAAAACCAAAACAAUAACAACAGCUGCAGCAACAUCGUUACUUGAAGAACCUUUUAGUCAAUUAACAAUAUCACAAGAAGAUAUGAACAACACCAACACAACAGCAACAUUCGUACAUAACGCAAUUCGAAAUACUGAAAAUGAUUCAACAAAUAAUUAUUUAGAAAAUUUUAAACCACAUUAUUUAAAAGUAUCUGAUCGAAUAUUCAAACGAAUGUUAGCUGAAGCCAUUCCAGAGGGUUCAAAAUUAGUUCAAUGUUUAAAUACUCCUGAAAAAAUUUAUGUUGUACGUGAAUUAACUGAACUAACAAAUAAUUUUUAUCAUAAAGAUUUUCAAGAAAAAUUAUGGCAUGAAUAUAAUACGAUAAGUUCUCAAGACCAGAACUGGGGAAAAAAAAUAACAAAAAAAUUUGCUUUUCAAAAUAAUACAUGCCAAAUGUAUAGACCUAACAAAACUUAUAUUCAACAACGUCAAGCUACAAUUGCUAAGCAGAAAACAAGAAUAGGAAACCAAUUAAAUGAAUGUUUAAACAAUUUAUUAAAAGAUAUAGAACACUGGCAGCCAUCCUUAGAUGGAACAUUAUUAUCACAUGCAAUUAAUGAAUGUGUUCUGCAUAGUCAAAAAAAAUUAAAAAAUGAAUUUCAAUAUAAAAUAGAAAUGAUAAAAUUAGAUUGCAAUGAUCAUCAAUUACUUAUGAAGUUUUAUGAAUCACAUCCUAAUGAAGAACUUAUUAACUUAGCUCAACACAUUUGGCAAAUCACUGUCGAUGAACAAAAAACCAAGGAACAAGAAGCUAUACUUCGACAACGUCUUUAUUUGAAACGGUUACCAGCAAAAACUGAUCAGAUGAUAAACCAGUUACUUGAUGAUAAUCGAACAACACUCUCCAAUCCUUUUCUGGAUCCAGAUCAACGUGCUAAAUUAGAUGAAUUUGCAAUUGUUAAACAUCGUUAUGAUUUAACAUUAACUAAUUUAAAAGAACAAUUAUCAAAUCUUAAUAAAAAAAAUCCACUUGUUUAUCCAAGUUUAUUGGUAAAUAUUAUUAAAGAACGUCGACAAGCAAUGAUACAACGUUUUCUUCGUAUACGUCAACACAAAUUGAAGACUUUUUUCGACGAAGCUCCGGCGGUGGACAACAACUAA